AGGGAUGUCCCAUUCAGUCUCUUUUUAGUGGAGUUUCAGGGGCAGACAUAAAUUUGCUAUGUUUAAGCAGAAAUUGGUCCGUUCAUUUUAAAACCAAGGGAGCUUAUGGCAGAAAGGGGCAGGAUCCUUUUUUUAAAAAACAAGAACAAAUCAUUGGAUUUAUUUUCACAAAUUUGAGCCUGACAUCUUAAUUCAUAACUAGCAGCUGCUGUGGUUUCUGACAGUCACAAAAAUAGGUGAAAAGGAAGACGAGGUUUCAAAGCAAAUGUUGAAUACAGUACUUAGCAAUAUGUUUGAAUCACAUUCUACUUUAAAAUGGGCAUUGGGGGAAUUCUUUGUGGACAAAGGCAGUGGUUUUCCUGUUGUCCUCCAGCUGUCAUGGUUCUUGGUGGCUUCUGACCACCCAUGAUUAUCAUCAAAACUAUCCUUCUCCCAAAACUCUUCGUUCUUGUUUUUCCCCUUCUAACUUUCCAAUUCCCCGCAGCAGCUGCUGCUGGCAGUUUCAUCAGAGAGGGACAGAUUCUUGCUCAAAGUCACACGGUGGGUGAAUGACAGAGCUGGACAGGGUUAAUGACAAGCAACUCCCAACUUUCCCAUUGGUGAGGUCAGAGUUCUGGGGAGGCCCCCAGAGAGACCAUUUUUUUUGGGAGGAGGGAGUGACUCAGACAGAGCUGCAAAUGGCAGGGUUUGGUAAAAAUGGUCCAGGAUUCGGGUUUCAGGGAGAUCUGGCUUCAGGCAGCCUCACUCGAAGCAAGCCCCUUGCUCUGUGAGCUGUGGUUUCCGCGUCUGUGGAAUGCAGGAGUGUGAGGAUCAGGUAAGAUGCUGCCCUAUUAAUCUAGGGACAGGCCAGAUGCCUUCCCAGAGACAUGCACAUUUUCCAGGGUGGGAGCCAGUUCCUGGAGGAGAUCUGAUACACGACAUGGAUUACUGCUGGGCCCCUUUCCUCUGCCUGUGUCUCUUGGCGUCUCAGAGCAGGACGGAAGAGGCGUCCCAGAAGAUCCUGAAAUGGAUGCAGAAAAUGGAGGCGAUAACCAGGGGCAGGAGCAGCCCACCUCAUGCUGACCUUGUUCACGGCCUAGAGUCGGAGCUGCUCAAUGCCAGCUUCAGCAGCCACAACCUCACCUUGCAGACGCACUCCAUCCAGGCACUGGCCUUCAAGCUGAACUGCAACUUCGCUGGCCUCUCUCUGAGCAGUGCCGCUCUGGAGAAGGUCCCCCAGGCCCAGCCCCAACACGCCAUGCAGUUCCCGGCCGAGCUGACCUGGAAUGCCUGCAGGACCCGCUCUGGGGAGCUUCGUCUCAUUUGUAUCUACUUCUCCAGCAGCCGCUUUUUCCAGAAAGACAUCAACUCAUCUCUGCUCAAUAACUAUGUUCUGGGGGCCCAGCUGAGCCAUGGACACGUGAGCAACCUCAGUGAACCAGUGAACAUCAGCUUCUGGCACAACCAAAGCCUGGAAGGCUACACAGUGACCUGUGUCUUCUGGAAGGAGAGCGCCAAGGAGAGCUACUGGGGGGCCUGGAGCCCGGAGGGCUGUCACACACAGCGGCCCUCACCGUCCCAGGUGCUCUGUCGCUGCAACCACCUCACCUACUUUGCUGUUCUUAUGCAACUCUCCCAGGCCCCUAUCCCUGCAGAGUUGCUGGCGCCUCUCACCUACAUCUCCCUGGUGGGUUGCAGCAUCUCCAUCGUGGCCUCGCUGCUCACUGUCUUGCUGCACCUCCAGGCCAGGAAGCAGGGUGACUCCGUAACACGCAUCCACAUGAACCUGCACGCCUCCGUGCUGCUCCUCAACAUCGCCUUCCUGCUGAGCCCUGUGCUGGCCACGCCCCCAGUGCCCGGGGCAGCAUGCGUGAUGCUGGCCGCCACCCUGCACUUCGCCCUGCUCAGCUGCCUCACCUGGAUGGCCAUUGAAGGCUUCAACCUCUACCUCCUACUCGGGCGCGUCUACAACAUCUACAUCCGCCGAUACGUGCUCAAGCUCUGUGCCGUGGGCUGGGGGUUCCCGGCCUUCCUGGUGCUGCUCCUUCUUGCCGUCAAGAGCUCUGUUUACGGACCCUUCAAGAUCCAACUCUCCGACAGCCGGGGAAACAGCACGGUCUUCAAGACCACGUCCAUAUGCUGGGUGCAGAACUCCUGGGUGCACCGUGUCCUGGUCAUGGGCUAUGGUGGCCUCACGUCCCUCUUCAACCUGGUGGUGCUGGCCUGGGCGCUGAGGGUCCUCAACAAACUGCGGGCGCGGGAGAAGGUGCCGGGCUCCCGGGCCUGCCGGGACACCGUCACCGUGCUGGGCCUCACGGUGCUGCUGGGCACCACCUGGGCCUUGGCCUUCUUCUCCUUCAGCGUCUUCCUGCUGCCCCAGCUCUUCCUCUUCACCAUCUUCAACUCGCUCUACGGUUUCUUCCUCUUCCUGUGGUUCUGUUCUCAGAGGUGCCGCUCAGAGGCAGAGGCCGAGGCAGAGAUGGAGGUAUUCACCUCCUCCCAGAUGGUGCAGUAGUCUGGACUACCUGGACUUUCUGGCCCGGAGCUCCGAGACUCUCUGGGUGCCUGCAGAAGAGAAGAUGGCAGGCCAGCUGCUGGAGGCCAGAGGUCACUGUCACCUCCUGGGGGCCUUUUCCACCUCCAUGGCUUCCCCAGGCCCAGAGGGCAGGAUGUUGCUCUACCUCCUCUGGCAUUAUGCUCCGAAUGCCAGGUCAACCCCACCUGGGGGCAGCCAACUCGCCCCUGGUGCCUGGGCCCAGCUGGCCAAGCCUGUGACCAGAGCACUGGUCGCAGAGUCAAAAGGUCAUGUUUCGGCUUCUGGCUCUGAGUCUCCCUGUCUGACCUUGGACCUGUCAUUUCUCACUGACCCUCACUGACCAUCUGUGACAUUAGGACAGAUGGCUCUGGUCUUGCCCUGUCCCAGAGCUCUAUGCAGAUUGAAUGAGACCAGGGAGGAAGAGGUCAUAGUGGGAUGGGGCAGCUGGCCGAGGGCAGCCGGGGACAGGGUCUUGACCAGCCUGUCCUGGAAAGGCCUGCUGGGCCCUGCUUCCUUCCUUGGGGAGAGGGUCAUCCCAGGCCGGGGGUCCCCAACCCAGUGCUUAGAGACCCACCUAGUGUCUGAGACCUCAUCAGCCUGUGUCCAAAGUUUCUUUUCCUUUUGCUCCCAGAUUAUGAGGACUAACUCCAAGCCCACCUUUCCCAAAGAUCAGAAAAUCCUGUCCUUCCCAGAAGCUCCUCCUCCAGGGCUCCCCAGACCCCUAUAGGCCAUUUAAACUAGUGACUGAGGUCAUAGGACUUCCUGGAGGUGGGAGGGGAGUGCCUCAUUCUCCUCCAUCUGAGCUCCAGUGGCCAGGCAUUUUGAUGACUGGGCGGGUUUGAAUUUCCCCUGGUAAGGUGUGAGGAUGUGUGUUCUAAAUCUCAGAUUUGUUGGUCUGUUCUCUUGGAGCUGGGAGGCACCUACAGUAUUUAUAAGUUGGUAUAAAUUAUGCAAGUCUUUUGUCAUGCUGCACACUCUUCUUUCCUUCUCAUUUGCUAUGUUAGCCGUCACUGUUGUAGAGAAUCACCAUUGCCCUUGACCUGUCCUAACAGGUCGAGUAGACCACUCCUGAAGCCAGUGCAUUUCCCAGACUUCCCACCAGGGGGCGAUGUUUGCCCACAUCGGAAGCCAUUGGGUCCAAAACCACGUCUGGAGAUGCUGUGGUUGCCUGCCUGUCUGUGGACACAACACACCAGAUGGAGAGGCCCUGCCUCCAGGACUGUGCGUGCUGAGUGACCAGCAGGGGGAAUGCCACCCUGCCUGGAUGGCCAUUUCUCUUUCCCAACACAGCCGUCCGCUCUGGCUCUCAGUGUCUUGCGCUCUGGGCAUCUUGCACUAGAGCAGUGGGCUGGGAUAGUUCUCAGGGACUGGCUCCAGGCCAUCAGACAGAUUUUGAUGACUUUGAACAUCACAGGGCGGGAAUUGGAGCCAGAUCCCUUUUCUCCCGGGGGGACCCUCUGCCCUCUGUUCAUUUCUUAAAUGAAUAGCCUUUCAUGAGGUGGCGAGUGGUUUAAUUCCAGGGCUAGACGGCCUGGGCUCAAGUGCCAGGCCUGUCACUUGUUGGCUGUGUGACCAUGGACAAACCAUUCCAUCUGUCUGUGCCUGAGUUUUCCCUUCUGUAAGAUAGGGGUAAUAGUAACACCUACUUAGAAGGUUAAAUAAAAUGACCCAUAUAAAGAGGCUUAGCAGAGGGUAAGUAAGUGCUCAGUAAACGGUUACUGCCAUCAUUCAUAUUUUGUUGUUAUUGUUAGCAGUGCCACCUGAGUUUCAGAGGCCGAUCCACCUAAGGUCCAGGUCUGCUCGUCCUCACAGGUCCAGCUCCUCUCUGGGCACAUCCUGUGUCCCUUGGCUUUGCCACUUUCCCCAGAGCUGCCUUUGUCCCAGCCUUGCUGGCCUUUGGUCAUUUUAGGAGCAUUCUCCAUGUGGUACAGCCUCCAGGCCAUUGCCACCAAUCACCCUACCCCUCCGUUCCCCAAUUCUCUGAUCUAGUGAAUUCUCAGCGGCUCAGUUAUCGUGUCUCCCAUGAAAUCUCUCCAGUUUUCCCACAGAGAAGGUCUCUUUCCCACUCUGACUCCAGGCAGAGUGUCCCCCUGCCUCUCUCAGCGUGAUGUGAGCCCCCAUCCAAGCUCCCCUGGUUUGGCCAGCCCUGGCUUGUACCAGGCUCCCCAGGCCUUGGGAUGGGCCCCCAUUCCAAUGAGGGUGCCGAGGAUCAUGGGAAUCUCCGGCCCCUCUCUUGGGCAGCUCCAGGGAGCAGUGUCCCAGGCUGACUCCGCAGACCAGUAAAGCAGGGCCUUGCCUGGGAGCUCCCUCCCCCAUCCCCACCCCAGCCCGGACCUGGGCUGUUAGAUCCUACCAAGCCUGGGCUGCCCAACGGAGGAUGUGGCCACAGAAUGGGGCUAGUAAUUCUAGGAAACAGCCCCAGGCAUGUGGCCCUGAGCCUGGUUGGGGCUCAGGCUCUGGGUAGGGACCACUUCCCGGAAAUGCCCCAGCUGGGUGUGGGGGCAGGGAUGAGGGAGCCUCUGUGUCCGCCUCUCACUCCCAGCAGGGUCCUGGCCUUGCCUGUACUCCACACCGGGCCCAACUCUCAGGGGCUUCCAGACUUAGCAGAAAGAUGGAGUGGGUGGUGUCUGGGCAGGGCCGCUGCUCAGGGCCAGAGACUCCGAGGAGGCACCUGGUGAGGGAUGACAAGCCGAUGCCAGGAAGGCCACAGACUAGCAGUUUCUGUGUUGCUUUGCUGCUGUUUUUUCAGAAAGGCAUAGUGUGUACAAGGGGAGGAGUGUUGAAUGAGGGUUGCCCAAUAAAACCCAAGAUGCUCAAUUUGGGGGACAGAUACAAAAAAAGUUCACUGUUUAUCUGAAAUUCAAAUUUCAUCCUAUUGAUCUCCAUCUGCUUAUUUUUUCUUUAGUUCUUUUGCUAAGCCUGGCAACAUGCUUUUUUUUUUUUAAAUAUAAUUUUUGGCUGCUCUGGAUCUUCGUUACUGUGUACACUAUUUGCGAUGCACUAGUACUAGUUGUGGUGCAUGGGCUUCUCACUGUGGUGACCUUUGCUGCGGAGCAUGGGCUCUAGAGCUCUUGGGCUUCAGUAGUUAGUUGUUGCAUGGGGGCUCAGCAGUGGGGCGCACAGGCUUAGUUUAUGUUGUUAGGAAGGAGCAUUGGCGCGGGGGUCUGGGGCGUGCAGUCUUUACCCUUCACACCUAUCCACUGUGUGCCAACUGGGGAACCCUCUGCCGCCUGGGUGAGUCCUGACCUCCACUCAGGGCUUCUCUUCCCGGGCUCCCCUUGUCAGUCAAGGUUGCCACCAGGAUGCUCGAGGGCUCUGCCUUCUGGCGCCCCUCCCAUCAACCAUGGUCCAGACCUGGCCUCCAUCCUCCUCUCCACAGCCCUCCCUGGCUUCCCACUCCCAGUCUGAGCUUUACUCCAAAGCAGAGGGAAUUUUUUCAUCCUGUAAGCUGCCCAUGUUCUCUGCUGACACCCUUCCAUACCCUUCCCCUCCUCAUAGUCAAACUUCCCACUGGAGCUCGAAAGGCCCUGGGCGUCUGACUUGUGCUCACGUCUCCCACCCUUCUUCCACCAUUUCCUCCUUGUCCUCCUUGUUCCUGCCAUACUCAACCACUUCACGUUCUCUGACAGGUCCUUUCUCACCUCCAGGCCUUGUACAAGCUUCCAGGAACACUGUCCCUCAGGUCUUUCAUUUGCAGAAAGAUGACAACACACCCUAAUGACCUCAGUCUGGCAGCCUCUCCUGAUUUCUCUGUCUGGACCAGGAAGCUGCUCUUGACUGGUAAAGCUGAUUUUGGAGAGAUAGCAGUGAGCGGUCCUGAAGAGAAAUCUUAGUUCCCUGUCCAGGAAUCAAACCUGGGUAACCCUGGAUGAAAACCAGGAAUCCUAGUCCCCAGGGGUGGAGCUGAGAAGCAAAGUGACCUGGCUCUUUCCUCCCAUUUGAAAGCAAGAAUGUUUCAAGGAGACAAAAACCGUAAAAACAGGUACAAAGUUUAUUAUUCAAAACACAGCAUAUGGUGUGGGAAUGCACACAGAAGCAGUUUGUUUAUUUAAGACAGAAGCCAGGCAGAGAUACAUGCCUGGAGAGGAGUGCUGAUGUCCUGAAUGGGGCGUGGUAAAGAGGCGAUUCAGACCACUUCUAUAGGACAGUCCCUCCAGGUCUUUGCUUACAUUUGGCCAGUUACCUCAUUUUUUCUUUAUACCUGACUGGUCCUGGCACCCUCCCCAAGAUGCAUGUGCAACUAUUUGCUAAGGUGGAUCCUACAGCAGAGGCCUGUGGGUGCAUUCCAUGUUUAUUAUGGAGGGUGCCCCUUCCCUUUUUGACCCCCAAGGAGCCUUCCUGCUCCUUCCUGCUCCCCAAUGUCCUUCCUGGACAUUACAUACAUGCACGUGUGCAGAUAGGAAAGUUUUCCUGACCUCAGGAGCAGGCGGCUUAUCUCUUUACUUUAGCAGAGCUCAGCUUUUGCAACUAGCUUUGUCCUUGGAGUGUCUGGGCGAGAACAAAGCUUCAGUUUUACUCCACUUGACAAACACCAGCUGUCCAGCCCAGGGGCCCCAUCUAUCGCCUACCUCAAAAGCUAGGCUGGGGCCUUCUCUUGGCUCCACAGCCUUUGCCCUUCCCUCAUGACAGUAGCUGUGGAUAUCCAUAUCAUGUAAAAAGUGAAUUUUAUCAUCUGCAAGUUUACUUCAACCAAUCUGACUUUUAAAAAUUGAUAAACUAGGGAGAAGCUGACAAAUCCUCCAGCAACAUGGGAUGUUUCAAAUGCCUCUGUCUCUCUUUUAUUAAAAAAAAUUAUUAUUUUA